AAACAACAACAACUCCUCCUCUUCGUCUUCUUCGUCUGGAGGGCCAGUGAAGCCCGAAGAGGAACCUACGUGUUUGAUCUGUUUCGAAGAGUUGACGAAAAUCGCGAAGCUUCCCUGCGAGUGCACGGUUCACUACUGUCUCAGGUGCUGGGACCGUGCUUUGGCAACGCAAUUUUCGAGUCAGUGCUACUGUUCCUGCCCCACAUGUCGGCGUCUCGUGCGGGUCGACAUCCAGCCGAGAGUCUCGAUGAACCAGUUCGUGGGCAGAACGCCGACGUUCAACAAGCAUUGGAUCCUUUUGGAAAAGAAGAUCAUGACCGAAGCAGGAGCCACUUCAGGAGAGUCCUGCUUGUUUAACGUGGAGGAUUUAUACGAUUUUCACUUUUCUCUGGAAGAGCGGAGUAAAGGCGAGAUCAGGCGGCUCUUCGGCGAAGAAAUCGACCGAAUUGGAGAUCAGGUGAGACCGGUACAAAUUUACCUCUUGUACGCGACCGCGCUCGCAAAUGC